AUGAGAAAUGCACCAAGGGAUAAAUCAUGUAUCUGCUGUCAUCAAGUACAAAACAAGAAAUUUAAUGUUAUGAAAAAGCAAACAAUCAAAUCAAGAUUGAAAACUACUCGGACAGUACUUAAACAAAGUGGACAUCGACAAGUUUCGCCUCCAUCUACUAGUGUAAUAUCACAAAAUUCACAAUCAACGGGUCUAGUUUAUGAUGAACGUAUGCUUAAGCAUAAACAUGAGUGGUUUAUUGAAGAACAAGAAAGUCCACGUCGUAUUCAACAAGCAUUUCAUCGUUGUGUAGAAGAAAAUUUAGUUUCACGAUGUAUACGAGUACCGGCUAUUCCUAUCAAUGAAGAUGAUUUAACUCUUGUACAUGAUAAAUGGUAUAUAGAGAAAAUCAAACAAUCAUGUCAUAUGUCCAAUCGUGAAUUAUAUUCAUUAUCCGGAGAAUAUGACGGAGUAUUCUUUAAUCGGUACACUUGGCUUUGUGCAACAUUAGCAGCUGGAAGUGUAAAACAUUUAACUGAAUUAAUUAUCACUAAUCAAUUAUCUAAUGGUUUAGCAUUAAUUCGUCCACCAGGUCAUCAUGCUAUGCGUUCAGAAGCUUGUGGUUAUUGUAUAUUUAAUAAUAUCGCUAUUACAGCUGCUAAGUUUCUUCAACCUAGUGAUGUAAACACAGUAACAAAGAAAUCAAUAAAUAAACAUAAUUUAACUUAUUUACAACGUAUAUUAAUUAUUGAUUGGGAUGUACAUCAUGGACAAGGGACACAAUAUGCAUUUUAUAAUGAUAAUCGUGUCCUUUAUAUUUCUAUUCAUCGUUAUGAGAAAGCAAAAUUUUGGCCAAAUUUACGUGAAGCAAAUUAUGAUUUUAUUGGUGAAAACUUAGGCAAAGGUUAUAAUGUUAAUAUUCCAUUAGAAGAGACAGGUAUGACGGACUCCGACUAUCUCGCUAUAUUUUACCGUCUGAUUAUGCCUAUCGCUACAGAGUUUAAUCCUCAGCUGAUACUGAUUUCUUGUGGGUUCGACGCAGCUAUUGGUUGUCCAGAGGGUAGAAUGUGGUUAACUCCAAUGGUAUUUAGUCAUUUUGUACACAAAUUAAAAUCUUUAGCUGGAGGCAAAGUUGUUGUCGUUCUUGAAGGUGGUUAUUUCGUAGAUAGUUUGGCUGAAGGAAUUGUUCAUGUUUUAAAAGCAUUACUUGGUGAUCCAUUAUCACCUAUACGAUUAAUUCAACCACCAUGUUCAAGUGUUAAAGAGACUAUUGAAUCAUGUAUCACUGUACUAAGUCCAUAUUGGAAAAGUCUUCUGAAUAGUUCUCAACCUGUACAAAUUGAGAGUUCGGAACAUUUAACAACAAUGACGUGGCCAAUAGUAAAGGUGAUAACAUGGCCUGAAACUAAUCCUCAAUUACCCAGAGUACUAACGAAUCAUAUUCAACACUUAAUAAAUAAUCACUUUCCAGCACCAUUAACAAUAUCGAAUGAAAUGAUUCAACAGAUGACUUUGAUUUUAUUGUUAACAUCACAAGCAUCAGAGUUAUAUGAUUUACAAUAUGAGUCAACUAAUGUUAAUGAAAAAAGAAGCGGAAGAAGAAAACAACGGAAAGUUACGCUAGAAAGCUUAAUGUAUAAGUUAAAUGACCAGUUUCAUAUACAUCUAUACAAUCAAUAUGGUGUACCAAUCAAACUUUAUUCCAAUUCAAAAUCAGCUACGAAAUUUCGGUCUACACAAUCAUCUUCUUCAUUUAUUUCAUCAUUUCCUACUAAUUCAACCAACAAUCAUGUUUAUGACGUUCAUAAUAUGAAUGAUAAUAUCAAUUCAAUUGAUCCAUUAUGUUUUACACAAUCUUUAUCUGGAGUUAAUUCAUCUUCAUAUAAACCCUAUAGUUAUGAAGGAGUCAUUCAACAUCAUAGACAAAUUGAAGAUUUACUAAUGAAUAAACGACAAGGGAACUUAUCAGAAAAUUUUCAAACUGCUAUCAUUCAUGCAUUAAGUUUAAUUUUAAUGGGACAGCUUCAUAGACUUUAUUUUGUGAAUCAUUCAUUCAAUUUAGUAGAAUUACUUGAGACUAUAUCAAAUAUACCUAUGGAAUUAUUAGUUGAUUAUCGUAAAAGAAUAUUUAAACCAAAAAAUUUUCGAAAGAAUACAAAUAAUGAUAAUACAAUAAUUGAAUUUAUGAGAAGCAGUUCAUUCAUAAAUAAUAAUAACACUUUUAAUGAUAAUAAAAUUUUGGAGAGGUUAACACAUGUUUACUCUUAUCCAAAUAGAACAAGUUCAUUUCAGAUGUUUUCAGGAUCAAUCUCUUCAACGUCUUUAUCUCAUAGUAGAUCUCAAAUUAAUAAAAAUGAGACGUUUUACAAUAGACCAUGUCGUAUAUUAGUACUGGAUCUAAAUGGAAUACAACAAAGAGAUAGUAAACAAUUGAAUCAAUUCCAAUGUUCAACUAAACCAAUGAAUGGGAAUAUGAAAUGUCAUUUCAUUUGGUGUUCAAUUUAUUACGGUAGCGUAGCAAAUCAAUUAUUGACCAAACUGAAUGAAUUACGCGCUAAAGAUUUCUAUACUUCUGAUUCAGUAUCUAAUAAUAAUGAAUUAGAGAUACAUCAUGUAGUUUGGCUUAAAAUCCCUUUUCCAACCAGAAUAGAAAACAUUGACGACAGGAGUGAAACAAUGAAUGAUGCAAAUGAGAAAUUACAAUCGCAAACUGUUCAUGAUGAUAUAAAUAUGAUCAAUUUACUAUCAAUGUUAUAUUAUAUAGUUUUACCAAUAUCCUAUGAAUAUGAACCAGAUCUAAUUUAUCUAUUGAAUGGAUCUAAUAAAAUGAAAAAUGAAUUUGUCACAUCUGAAAGCUUAGCUCGAAUAAUUUAUUUAAUCAAUGGAUUAGGUAUACCAAUAUUGAUUAAUGGAUCAUCCAUAAAUGAAUUAUCUUCAAAUUAUUUAAUACAAAGUUUACAAGGAAAGCCAAUAUCGAUUGGAUUCAAUAAGUUAACACCAACUUCACCAUCGUCAAAAACUGUUGCUAAAAUGAAUCAAUGUACCAGUAAUGCAAAUUUAUAA